AUGCGCGGUGUCACCGCUCUCUGCACGCUGGGGACGGCGCUUCUGUUCUCCCUGUCCGCCCUGUCCACCCCCGUCAGCGCCAUCCAGCUCCUCGCCAGGGACGCCCGGAACGUCGUCGGGUUCGAUUUCCAGCGCAGACACGUCGCCAACCCGGUCGAGAGGGACAGGCUGAGGAAAAGGAAGGGCAAUGUAGUUGAGCAGAUGCUGAACAAUGAGGUGACGCUGUAUUUCUGUAACAUAACGCUGGGCACUCCGGAGCAGCCCCUGCGCAUGCAUCUCGACACCGGCAGCAGUGACCUCUGGAGUAACGCUCCCGACUCGACGCUGUGUACCCAGAAUGGAGAUCCCUGCAGCGCCGGAGGAACCUAUGACCGCACUGCCUCGUCGACCUACGGGUUCGUCAAUUCCCUGUUCAAUAUCUCCUACGUUGACGGCUCCAGCGCCAGUGGCGAUUACGUGACGGAUACAAUGAGGAUUGGGGGGGGUGUCGUUGAAAGACUUCCAGUUCGGGGUGGGGCAUACGUCCUCUUCGUCGGGGAGGGAGAGGAAGAGAGGAAGAGGAAGGGACAAAAGAAGCUGGCUAACCUUUUGAUAGAGGGUGUCCUCGGUAUUGGAUACCCUACGAACGAAGCCCUGAUGGCCAUGUCGGGCCAAAAGCCCUACGCAAACCUCCCCUUCGCCCUCGUGAAGCAAGGCUUGAUCCACUGGCCGGCCUAUAGCAUCUGGCUCAACGACCUCGACGCCAGCACUGGCAGCAUCCUCUUCGGCGGCGUCAACACGGAGAAGUUCCACGGCAAUCUCCAAACACUCCCCAUUCGGCAAAGGGAAGGCGGCAUCUACGUAGACCUCGUUGUCGCCCUCACCGGCCUAACCCUGACAACCCGCGGUGUCACCCAAAGACUUGCCGCAGGCGCCGUCCCCGUCCUACUUGACACCGGUAGCAGCCUCAGCUACCUCCCCGACCCGCUCGUCGAUACUAUCUACACCGCCAUCCAGGCCAUAUACGACCAGCCCAGCGGCGCCGCUUUCGUGCCCUGCCGCUACCGAGACGCGAGCGCCUCCUUCACCUUCCAAUUCGGCAACAGCCGCAACGCCAGCAUCACCGUUGGCAUGGACGAGCUCGUCCUCGACCUCGCCUCCAUCACCUCCAGCCCCGACCCCAACAGUAAGCCUCCCAACAUCAAACCAACCUUCUCCAACGGCGAGCCCGCCUGCCUCUUCGGCAUCUCCCCCGCCGGGGACAGCACCCCGAUCCUCGGCGACACCUUUCUGCGCAGCGCCUACGUCGUCUACGACCUCGGCAACAACCAGAUCUCCCUCGCGCAGACCAACUUCAACGCCUCCGCGGACCGCAUCCUGGAAAUCGGCGACGGCGCCGCGGCUGUACCGUCCGCGACCGGCUCGCCGCCCGCAACUUCGACGGCCGGCGCGGGACCCACGGCGCGCCCGUUGCAGGUGGGCCGCGUGGGCGCGUGGGCGGGGUUGGUGGGGUUCAUGGCCGGCGCGGCGGUGUUGGGGGUCGUGUAA